AUGAGCAAAACGAUAUUUAUUAGCUCUCCGGAGCAGCUUGGGACUGUAUUUCAGUCGACCCCGAUUGUCGUUGCCAAUAUAUUUUCCGAGUCGUCAGAACUAAGUGAGCAACUGUCCACCGUAUACGAGUCCCUCUCCCACUCUCUUUCGCGCGCCGGCAAAAUUUCCUUUGUCAAGAUCGACUUUGAUAAAAAUGACGAACUCGCCAAGAGCCACGGCGUGACCAAGGCGCCGAGCUUUCUCAUCUUCCGCGAUGGCAAGAUUGCCAAGGAAGCCCAGGCUCUCGAGUCGGGAUCCAGCAGUGCCGCCGCGUCCGGCUGGAGAGGAGCAGAGCUGCCCCGCGGUUACAGCGACAUUACGGAUCAGGUCGAAAUCAGAGACUGCGAGGUUCUGAACGCCGACGACGGAGCCGGAACUGUCCGUACCUUGUUCGAUACUGCGAAGCCCACCGCACUUGACAAGGGCAAGGAAACGGGUAGCGCAGCCAAAGAUUGGGUGCAGAGCGGUUCGGAUGACCAAUUAUUGCUCUACAUUCCCUUCCAGUCAACUAUUAAGCUGCAUACCGUCCAGUUGACUUCGUUGCCAUCGCCUGACGAUGAGGGUGAGGUCUCGAGACCACACGUCAUUCACCUCUUCAUCAACCGUCCACAAAACAUGGACUUUGCUGAAGCAGACGACUCUGAGCCGACUCAGGUCAUCAACCUCGGGCCUAGCGACUGGAACGACGAUGGAACCGCCACCAUCUCCUUGCGCUUUGUCAAGUUCCAAAAGACCUCGACAGUCAUUCUGUACGUCCAGCAGGGCGACGGAGAGGCCGAAGCUGUUCGUUUGGACAGAGUCAGGCUGAUUGGCGAGGCUGGCACAAAGCGGGAAAUGGGUAACCUGCAGAAGGCUGGCGAUGAAGAAUGA